AUGUCGCAGCUUGGGCACCUCUUGAGGUCCAGUAAUGCCUCUGCUCGUGUGAGGACGGUGGGGAAGGGGAGAGGCUUGGCAGGCGGGCCGUCGCCAUCACCGUCAAGAACGAGAGCACAAGGGUCAUUGUUCAAACCCCUUGACACCUUCACGGAACGACACAUUGGGCCGAACGAGUCCGAGCAGAAGAUGAUGCUCGGCGCACUUGGGUUUGAGUCUAUGGACGCGUUCGUGGACGCAUCUGUUCCGCCGUCUAUACGACUUCCUGCAGGGACCAUGGAUGAUGCGGUUAUACACUCUUUUAGUGAGUCGGAGCUCUUAAGACGCGCGAGGGAUCUUGCAAAGAAGAACAAACCGUUCAAGAGCUAUAUUGGGAUGGGCUACCAUAACGCGGUUGUUCCGCCCGUUAUUUUGCGGAAUAUUAUUGAGAACCCGGCGUGGUAUACACCUUACACACCUUACCAGCCGGAGAUCGCUCAAGGUCGUCUGGAGUCGCUUGUCAACUUUCAGACUAUGGUUAUGUCUCUUACGGCCAUGCACGUCGCAAAUGCAUCUCUUCUAGAUGAAGGCACUGCUGCAGCCGAGGGAAUGACAAUGUCCUAUGCUGCCUCGAAUAUGAAGAGGAAAACUUUUGUGGUCCAUUCCGGCGUUCUCCCUCAAACCAUCUCGGUCCUUCAGACACGUGCAAAAGGCUUCGGUAUCAAGCUUGUUAUUGGUGAUAUCUUUAAACUCGUCGAAGAUGAAGCUGUCCGGUCAGAUCUUUGUGGUGUUUUGAUUCAAUAUCCAGAUGUUGACGGGCGAGUUACGGACUUUUCGGGGCUCGUGUCUUCUGUGCAUGCUGCAAACGGACUCGUUAUCUGCGCGACUGAUCUUCUGGCUCUGACUAUGCUAAAACCUCCAGGUGAAUGGGGCGCGGAUGUCGUCCUGGGUAAUUCCGCGCGUUUCGGUGUUCCGAUGGGUUAUGGCGGCCCACACGCUGCGUUCUUCGCAUGUACCGAGAAGCUGAAACGCAAACUACCUGGACGUCUCAUUGGGCGGAGUCGCGAUGCAACGGGUGCACCCGCGUACCGUCUUGCUUUACAGACGCGUGAGCAACAUAUUCGACGUGAGAAAGCGACGAGUAAUAUUUGCACGAGUCAAGCUCUACUGGCGAACAUGGCAGCCAUGUAUGCGGUGUACCAUGGACCAGAGGGACUGGCUCGAAUUGCAACACGCGUUCAUGGAUUUACCCGUGUACUGGCGGAGCAAGUGGAAAAGCUCGGAUAUAAAAUUGAGAACGAGGCUUUCUUCGAUACAUUGACAAUUAAUGUGGGUUCUGUCUCCGGUGGCGCUUAUGCAGUGCACCAGGCUGCUCGUGAAUCGUUUGUCAACCUGCGCGAAAUUGACGAAGCCCGUGUAGGGGUUUCGCUGGAUGAAAGCAUUUCCGUUGAGGACCUUGUUACACUCAUCAACAUCUUUGCACGGGUUGUAUCUGCGUCUGAACUAUCACUCGUUUCUCUCAUGGAGCCAUCAGUAUCAUCGUUCGGACUUCCCUUCCAACUUGUCCGCACGUCCCCGUUCCUUCCUCACCCUGUGUUCAACACGCAUCAUUCCGAGACGGAGAUGCUUCGCUAUAUCACACAUCUGCAAAACAAGGACCUUGGACUUGUCCAUGCCAUGAUUCCCCUUGGCAGUUGCACAAUGAAGCUCAACAGCACAAGUAGCAUGAUUCCUCUGACAUGGUCUGGAUUUAGCGGUGUACAUCCGUUUAUGCCUGUUGAUCAAGUGGAAGGGUACUUGCAGAUGAUCAAGGAGCUUGAAUUGGACUUGUGCAAGAUCACUGGCUUCUAUGCUUGCUCUGUGCAGCCGAACUCGGGUGCAUCGGGUGAAUAUGCUGGCUUAUCUGUCAUUCGUGCGUUCCAUGAGUCGCGUGGAGAAGGACAGCGCAACAUCUGUCUUAUCCCCGUCAGUGCGCAUGGAACGAAUCCAGCUUCGGCGAUUAUGGCAGGCCUUAAGGUCGUGUCUGUGAAGGUGCUCCCGGACGGUGGACUUGAUCUCGAAGAUCUUCGGGCAAAGGCUGAACAGUACAAGGAUCAACUUGCUGCUUUCAUGAUCACCUACCCUUCGACGUACGGCGUAUUUGAGGAUGGCGUCCAAGAAGCAUGCAAGAUCAUUCAUGAGAAUGGAGGACAGGUCUACCUCGAUGGCGCGAACUUGAAUGCACAGAUUGGCCUCACGAACCCUGCAACUUGCGGUGGUGAUGUCUGUCACUUGAACCUUCACAAGACGUUUUCUAUUCCACAUGGUGGCGGAGGACCUGGUGUUGGCCCUAUCUGUGUUGCAGAGCAUCUUGCACCUUUCUUACCUAGGCAUACAUUUGUUCCAACUGGUGGUGAGAAAGGUAUCGCCCCUGUAUCAUCUGCACCGUUCGGAAGCGCUUCCGUACUGCUCAUCUCAUGGGCAUACAUCAAGAUGCUUGGUGGCUCGGGCUUGAAGGCCUCAUCAAAGACGGCACUGCUAAAUGCGAACUACAUCUCCGCCCGCCUUUCAGGGCACUACAGCGUGCGAUUCGUGAAUGGACGUGGACGCGUUGCUCACGAGCUCUUGAUUGACCUUAGCGAGUUCGAGCGUAGCGCAGGGCUACGUGUUACAGAUUUUGCAAAGCGUUUGCAGGACUAUGGGUUCCAUCCGCCGACAUGCUCAUGGCCUAUCAACACUGCGAUGCUUAUUGAACCGACAGAGAGUGAGAGUCUUGCGGAAAUCGACAGAUUCUGCGAGGCGAUGCUUGAGAUUCGGAAGGAGGCACAGGAAGUUGUCGAUGGUAUCCAGCCGAAAGAUAAUAACCUUUUGAAGAACGCGCCGCAUCCGAUGAGUGUCUUGCUGUUGCCUGAGGAGAAGUGGAAUAAGCCGUAUUCACGUGAACGUGCUGCAUACCCCUUGCCUUGGUUGCGCGAGAAGAAGUUCUGGCCUAGUAUUGCCAGAGUUGAUGAUGCUUAUGGCGAUCUCAACCUCGUCUGUGACUGCCCAUCCGUUGAGGAAGUUGCUUCAUCUUAA